AUGGACCUACUAUCAAUUACAAAACUCAAAAGCAAAAGCAAAAAGAAAGUCCUAAUCAAGAAAAGUUUCAUUUCGUCUACAAAGCACAACCAAGAAAACAACACCCCUCCAAUGGUGAUGAUGAUCAGAAGCCAAGAAAAUUCCCAGAAUCAGACGGUUCCCAUGGCCCCCAUCACCACCUCCAUUUGCCCAACCUGGAAACUGUACGAGAAUCCCUUUUAUAUUUCUCAUCAACAAGAAAAUCCUACUCACAAGCAAAUUCAUCAUCUCCAUCUACCUAUUUCUGCACGAAAAAUCGCGGCUUCUUUCUGGGAUUUAACCUUUAUCAAGCCCCUUAUGGAAUCUGAACUCGAAGUUGCUCGAGGACAGAUUGUUCGGUUGAAGGCUGAGCUAGAAUGUGAAUGCAAAUUGCGUAAAAAAAUGGAGUCUUUGAAUAGAAGACUGGCCAGGGAACUUUCUGUGGAGAGGAAAGGAAGAGAAGCAUUGGAGCGAGUUUGCCAAGAUCUUGCUAAAGAAGUAUCUUAUGAUAAAGCCGAAUUCAACAGAAUGAAGAAAGAAAUGGAGGAAGAAAGGAAAAUGCUACAUGUGUCUGAGGUUAUAAGGGAAGAACGCGUCCAAAUGAAGCUCGCAGAAGCAAAGCUUUUGCUCGAAGAAAAACUUUUAGAACUUGAGGACUCUAAAAGGAUUCAAAUUGAAUCAUCAAGUUUUAAGAAAGAAGGAAAGAAUCAAGAAUAUGAUACUGAUCAUAAUCAGGCUACAACUGCUUCCAGUGUUACUAAUCAAGAUAUAAAAACACUGGACAAAAUAAGGUUUGUUUUGGCAGAUAAACCGGGGUGUAAUAAUACUGAUAACAAUGGAAACUUUCAUUCAGUGGUAAUUCAGAGAAGAGCUUCCUCAGAGCCUGAAAAUCCUCAUAUUAAACGAGGGAUUAAAGGGUUCGUCGAAUUUCCAAAAGUGGUUCGAGCAAUUGGCUGCAGAAGCAAGCAUGUGGGCACCAAGUUGGGGUGCCAGAAGGCUCAGCUAAAUUUACUACUAAAACAGAAGGGUCCUGUCUUUACUUUUUUUAAUCAAUUUCUAGAUUAA